GAUAACUGAUCUGAGCAAGGAAACACUUGAUCCAUGGGUAUAUGUAUAUAAAACCAUUUGCAAAAGACUCCUAGAAACACACAGAUAACACAGUGAUGUAUUUGUAACGCACUCUCAAAUAACCAGUGUUAUUGCUCUUAUCAUGCUUCCAAAGCACAACGGUACCAUGCCAUGCACUAUCACUGGGAACUGCCGUCUCUCAACUGCUCAAGAGGGCAGGCAAUAUACAAUUAAGCGAAAGUAUUUCAAACUGAUAACAAAUAACAGAUAGUGUCACAUGGUAGGAGAGUCACCAGCUACAGUUGCCAACAGGAUCCCCAACUGACUACAACCAUAUUUCGGGGCAGAGUAAGAGCCUGCAAUUCAAUCCCUGUGUGAUCCCAGUGAUCGAAUUUACUUCAGUUUGCAGCAUGUUAGGAGCACUGUUGCAGCGAGCGCCCAAAUUGUCCAACGUGUUCUAUAAAGUUAGCAGUGCUAAAUUCGCUCGAGGCAUGGCAACCUACUUGGUAGAAGACGAAAGUUACAGUUUCUUGAAGGAUCUCGGACUGCAACGUGUAAAUAGCGGCGUUUACAAUGGAGAAUGGGUUGCCGCCGGUAAAGCAAAUACGGUGAAAUCUAUCGAUCCGGGAACAGGUCGAGUUAUAGCGGAAGUAACAACGGGCACGGAGCAGGAUUUGGAACGGUGUCUUACUGCUGGUGUAUCUGCAUUUCAAGAAUGGAAAAAAUUGCCAGCUCCCUACCGCGGUGAGAUCGUUCGUCAGAUUGGUGAUGAGCUGCGCAAGUUUAGAGAUCCGCUCGGUAAGUUGGUAGCGUUGGAGAUGGGCAAAAUUCUACCAGAAGGCGUAGGUGAGGUACAGGAGUUUGUCGAUAUAUGUGACUACGCCGUCGGAUUGUCGCGCAUGUUUGGUGGAUUCAUAUUUCCAUCCGAGCGGGCACAGCACACUAUUCUGGAGAAAUGGAAUCCGCUUGGAUUGGUCGGUGUGAUAUCGGCGUUUAACUUCCCAUGUGCAGUUUUUGGAUGGAAUACGGCCAUUGCGCUUACCGUUGGAAAUACGGUAGUGUGGAAAGGUGCUCCAAGUACAUCGUUGGUCAGCGUUGCCACCACCAAAAUCGUGACAGACGUGAUUAAGCGCAACAAUCUACCACCUAUUGUGACACUUUGUCAGGGUGGUGAUGAGAUAGGCAAGCAAAUGGUUAAAGACGAACGCGUCAAAUUGAUGUCGUUCACCGGCAGUACAGCAGUUGGCCGAACCGUCGGUAUCGAGAUGCAGCGACGAUUCGGGAGGUGUCUGCUUGAGCUGGGCGGUAACAAUGCGCUUAUCAUCAACGAAGACGCGCCUCAGGAAAUGGCUCUCGAUGCAGCAUUUUUCGGCUGCAUAGGCACCGCAGGCCAACGUUGCACAACGACUAGACGGUUGAUUAUUCACGAAAAACUCUACGAUAGUUUUGUCCAAAAGCUAGUCAAACGCUACACUAAUCUGAUGCAACGUGUCGGGCAUCCGUUGGAUCAGGCUACGCUUUACGGGCCGGUACAUAACCAGCAGGCGGUAGACAAUUACAAACAAGCUGUGCAGGAAGCAGUUUCCCUGGGCGGUAAAAUAGAAUGCGGUGGUAAAGUUAUUGAGCGACCUGGAUUUUACGUGGAGCCGACCAUUAUUUCCAAUUUGCCACACGAUGCUCCUGUUGUUAAGCGAGAAACGUUCGCACCGAUUGUAUAUGUUUUCAAGACCAAGGAUUUAAAACAAGCAAUCAGCUGGAAUAACGAAGUGGAUCAAGGACUUUCCUCCUCACUUUUCACCAAUAACAUCCAGUCUGCUUUCGAGUGGAUAGGAGAGAAUGGUUCUGACUGUGGCAUAGUAAACAUUAACACUUCACCUUCUGGUGCUGAAAUCGGAGGAGCCUUUGGUGGGGAAAAACACACCGGAGGUGGACGAGAAUCUGGAUCCGAUGCAUGGAAACAAUAUGCCCGUCGUUCAACAAUUACUGUAAAUCAUUCUACAGAUUUGCCACUGGCACAGGGACUUGUUUUUGAAUGAGUUAGACCCGAACGGGAUCAACGAUGCCAUGUCAUUACGAUUUCAAAUAUGAAGCGAAAUAAAUACAUACUUGUUUUGUUUAAAAAU